AUGGCUGCAGGCGACUUCUCGUCUCUCCUCGGAGUCAACUUCAAUGCUGACGCUACAGCCGGAAUCGGUGACAUGUUCCUAUUCAAGGAAGGGAAAUGUCCGCGCUGGCUUCCACCAAACCAUUUUCUGUUCCACCUGGCCAACGCCUCUCUCCUGCUGUCCUACUUGGCCCCCGAAGGAAUCUACGGCCUCCUCUACCUGCGCUUCUGCAUCGCCGUGGGCAGCUUGUUUUUUGCGAUGUGGGGUUGCCUCGUACUGUGCUCGGUGGACACGCUCGUUUGGAACGCCCUGUUUACUCUCAUCAACCUGGCGCAUCUGUGCGUGCUCGCCUACACGUUUCGACCGGUCCGGUUCAAGCCAGACCUGGAGGUCAUCUACAAGGAACUGUUCCAGCCGCUCAAGGUGACCAGGCAUCAGUUCCAGAAGGUCGCCGACUGCGCGAUGGAGGCGCUGGAACUCGAUGCACGCGGCGACUACUCGUUCGAAAAGGUUAAUCCUACGGAUAGCCUGUCGCUGGUGCUGAGCGGUAGGCUGCUGGCUUAUAGAAACGGCUGUGUGCUGCUUUUGAUCGGCAAGUUGGAGUUCUUGGACUCUCCAAGAUGGUUUUAUUCUUCGGGAGGCGAUCUUGGUCAGGUGACCACAACAGCCUUGGAAAAAUGCAAAGUGAUUUUGUGGAAUAGGGAGGAAGUCAAAGUAGCCAUCAGUAAGGACACCUACCUCAAAUCCGUCUUUGACAACGUUGUGGCGAGUGACGUGGUGCGCAAGCUGCGGUUCGUCACAGAAAAAGGAUAUCAGGGCAUGGCGCGUGACUUGGACAACUAUUCAGAAACGACUGCACUCUGGAGCAAAGCUGGGCAGUGA